AUGAGUGGUCCAUCUUCUCCAGUCUCUUUGGACUCCAGUGUUUUCUUCAGCGAGUCGUCAGCGUUCUGCGGAGGAGCGCCUCCCGAUGUCUUCGUCAUCAAUGUUGGAGGGCGUCGCUUUGUGCUGCCGCAGCAGCUGCUGGCUUCGUACCCGGACACCCGGCUGGGGAUGCUGGCUCGCCACGGGCCACAGGCGGCACAGGAGCUCUGUGACGAAGCCGACCUGCAGAACAACGAGUUCUUCUUUGACAGGAACUCCCACACCUUCCAGUACGUGAUGAACUUUUAUCGAACAGGCCGCCUGCAUGUGGGCGAGGACCAGUGCGGGGUCUCCUUCCUGCAGGAGAUGGAGUACUGGGGCAUCGAAGAGUUUCGAAUCAACGCCUGCUGCCGUGAGUGGUACUACCGCCAAAAGGAGCAGAGGGAGAGCAUGGAGGAGGAAUGCCACUUUGAGGCUCACAAUGGCGAAGAGGACUUUGUGGACGCCGCCUGCCCGGUUCUCCGGCACCGUCUGUGGGAAUUCCUGGAGAAGCCGGAGUCAUCGCGCGCUGCCCGGACCUUCGGAUCUCUGUCCAUCUUUUUCGUGGUGGUGUCGGUGGUCAACAUGGUGCUCAUUUCGCUGGACAUGGGGGAGGAUUUUGGUGACAGAACGCUGCAGCUGCUGGAUGCACUGGAGUACGUGUGCGUGGCGUGGUUCACGAGCGAACUGGUGCUCCGCUUUCUCUGCGUCAAGGACAAGUGCCGCUUCAGCCGCAGCGUCCCCAACGUGAUCGACCUGCUGGCCAUCCUGCCUUUCUACGUGACGCUGGUGGUAGAGAGUCUGCACGGAGGAAACACGGAGCUGGAGAAUGUGGGCCGGGUCGUGCAGGUGCUGCGCCUCCUCCGCUCACUCCGGAUGCUGAAGCUGGGCCGACACUCCACAGGUCUCAGGUCUCUGGGGAUGACCAUCGCUCAGUGCUAUGAGGAGGUGGGUCUCCUGCUGCUCUUUCUCAGCGUGGGGAUCUUCAUCUUUGCGUCGGUGGUUUUCGCUUUGGAGCACGACCUUCCGGCCACCACCUUCACCAGCGUACCGACUGCCUGGUGGUGGGCCACCACCUCCAUGACCACGGUGGGCUACGGCGACGUGCGCCCUGACACGGUGGCGGGGAAGGUGCUGGCCUUCCUGUGCAUCCUGUCUGGGAUCCUGAUCCUGGCGCUGCCCAUCGCCAUCAUCAACGACCGCUUCUCCACCUGCUACUUCACCCUCAAGCUGGAGGAGGCGGCGGAGCGCCACGGCAACGUGCUGCGGAGGCUGGCCCGCGGCUCCCUGGGGGGGACGGGCGGUCUGAACCUGAGGGACGCCUAUGCACAGGGAGUCCUGGAGAUGCUGCGACUGCAGGGCCGUGAGAGGGCCAGCACCCGCAGCAGCGCCGGGGAGGAGCUGUGGUGGUAAGAAAGGUACAAACCCCAGCAGGAGGCAAGUGGAAGAUACAUACCCCAGCAGGAGGCAAGUGGAAGAUACAUACCCCAGCAGGAGGCAAGUGGAAGAUACAUACCCCAGCAGG